AUGGUUUCCAAGAUAUCAUUCAGUGACUCGAAUUCUGGAUCGCAGAUAGGGAUCAACUACGGUUCGAUCACGAACGAGUUUCGUCUUCCUUUGAAUACGGAUCUGGACGAGAAGUUGCCCAUCGUGUACGGGGCUGCGUUCGACUCAUACAUAGAUCAGCAUGAAGAUAAAUGUCUUCCGGGCACACGAACCGAUAUCAUCCGUCAAAUUAGAGAGUGGGCUUUCUCCCCGCAGGGAAGAUGCAUAUUUUGGUUAAAUGGAAUGGCUGGGACAGGAAAAUCGACCAUCUCUCGAACAGUUGCAAAAAUCUUUAACCAAGUUGAAUCACUAGGGGCAAGUUUUUUUUUCAAACGGGGUGAAGGGGACCGAGGAAAUGCUAUGAAGCUUUUUCCGACAAUCGCAAGGCAGUUAGCGAUGAGCAUUCCCCAACUAAUGCCCGGUAUCCAAAAAGCAGUCCAUAAUGACCCAGGCAUUGCGGCGAAGGCGAUGAAGGAGCAGUUUGAUAAACUACUCCUUCAACCACUCCUGGGCUUAAAAGAAUCGGAUCUCCCGAUCCAAACCCUAGUGAUAGUGAUUGACGCAUUGGACGAAUGUGAAGGGGAUAGGGACUUGCGACUAAUACUUGAAAUUCUGCCACUACUGCAGCAGUCACAGACUCUACGUCUACGAGUAUUUUUGACAAGUAGACCUGAAUUACCGAUACGUCUGGGAUUCUCAAGGCUUCCAAACCAUGACCACAAAGACUUGAUUCUUCAUGAAAUAUCUAGGGAGGUUGUUAAGCAUGAUAUCUCAUUAUUUUUGAAUCACCGACUUUCCGAGAUUAGGACAGAACGGCUUCUGCCAAUCGAUUGGCCUGGGGCCAUGAAUCUUGAAAAUCUAGUGGCAUUAUCUGUUCCAUUAUUCAUUUUCGCGGCUACUAUUUGCCGUAUCUUUGAGGAUCCUUAUUGGGACCCAGAGGACAGUCUUACUGAAAUUCUUGCGCAGCGGAAUGAUGAAUCCAAACUGGAUAGAACAUAUCUUCCUGUGCUGAAUCGGCUUCUCAACAAACAAAGCGAGAAACAGAAGGUGCAACUGGUUCAGGAAUUUCACCAGGUGGUUGGUGCCAUCGUGACCCUGAAGAGCCCACUUCCAGUCAUGUCACUCUCGAAACUUCUAGGUGUCUCUGAGAGGCUUAUUCAGCUUAGACUGAACCCGCUACACUCAGUUCUUAGUGUGCCAGAUGAUAAGACUUUGCCGGUACGGCUCUUUCACCUGUCAUUUCGAGACUUUCUUCUUGAACCGAAAACCCGUCAGAAAACUCCCUUUGCGGUUGAUAAGAAAGACUUGCAUUAUAAAUUAACAAUACUAUGCAUUGGUAUGUGUCAGAACCUGCGAAAAGAUAUAUGUGGACUACCAGGCGACGGAACCCAGCGUGUGGAGAUUGAUCACCAGACCAUCGAUCAUUGUCUUCCUCGAGAAUUGCAAUACGCCUGUCGAUAUUGGGCACAUCAUCUGGUGCAAUGCACGGAUCUGAAUGAUAUAUUGCAUGAUGCUUACAUAUUUCUGCAAAAGCAUUUCCUGCACUGGGUGGAAGCAAUGAGCCUACUAGGUCUGGUGGCGGAAGUGGUGGUGAUUCUCAAUCUCAUCCAGACGGCUAUACCAGACGACCGGCAUUCCGCAAUGUCUGAUUUUCUACACGAUGCAAAGCGGUUUAUUCUAAAAAAUUGCCAGAUAGCUGAUGAUGCGCCUCUCCAGCUUUAUUGCUCAGGACUUUUAUUUGCACCCAGAACGGCAAUAAUUCGUAGAGAGUUCAAGAAAGAGCUGCCAAAUAGCAUCUGCCAGUUACCACAAGUUGAUGAAAGGUGGAGCGCAGAAUUACAGGCUCUCGAGGGCCAUUCAGCUCAGGUUUCUUCGGUGGCCUUCUCGCCCGACGGUCAGCUGCUGGCGUCUAGCUCGGCGGAUAACACAGUGCGGCUCUGGGACCCAGUGACGGGGGCUCUGCAACAGACUCUCGAGGGCCAACUAGGUUGGGUUUGCUCGGUGGCCUUUUCGCCCGACGGCCAGCUCGUAGCAUCUGGCUCGGCGGAUAGCACAGUACGGCUCUGGGACUCGACGACAGGGGCCCUACAACAGACUCUCAAGGGUCAUUCAGAUUUGGUUGACUCAGUGGCCUUCUCGCCCGAUGGCCAGCUGCUGGCGUCUGGCUCGGCGGAUAAGACAAUAGGACUCUGGGACCCGGCAACGGGGGCUCUACAACAAACUCUCGAAGGUCAUUCAGAUUUGGUUCGCUCGGUAGCCUUCUUGCCCGACAGCCAGUUGCUGGCAUCUGCCUCUUUGGAUAGAACAAUACGGCUCUGGGACCUGGUGACGGGGGCCCUACAACAGACCUUCAAGGACCAUUCAGGUUGGGUUAACUCGGUGGCCUUCUCACCCGACGGCCAGUUGCUGGCGUCUGGGUCAGCGGAUAAUACAGUGCGGCUCUGGGACCCGGCAACGGGGGCUCUGCAACAGACUCUCGAGGGUCAUUCAGAUUGGGUUAACUCAGUGGCCUUCUCACCUGACGGCCGGCUGCUGGCAUCUGCCUCUUUGGAUAGAACAAUACGGCUCUGGGACCUGGUGACGGGGGCCCUACAACAGACCUUCAAGGACCAUUCAGGUUGGGUUAACUCGGUGGCCUUCUCACCCGACGGCCAGUUGCUGGCGUCUGGCUCGGCGGAUAACACAGUACGGCUCUGGGACCUAGCGACAGAGGCUCUACAACAAACUCUAGAGGGCCAUUCCGGUCGGGUUUUCUCAGUAGCCUUCUCGCCCGAUGGCCAGCUGGUGGCAUCUGCCUCUUUGGAUAAGACAGUAGGACUCUGGGACCCGGCAACAGGGGCUCUACAACAGACUCUCGAAGGUCAUUCAGACAUGGUUAACUCAGUGGCCUUCUCACCCGACGGCCAGUUGCUGGCGUCUGGCUCGGCGGAUAACACAGUACGGCUCUGGGACCUGACGAUAGGGGCCCUGCAACAGACUCUCGAGGGUCAUUCACAUUUGGUUCGCUUGGUAGCCUUCUCGCCAGACGGCCGGCUGCUGGCAUCUGGCUCGGCGGAUAAAACAGUGCGGCUCUGGGACCUGACGACAGGGGCCCUGCAACAGACUCUCGAGGGUCAUACAGAUCCGGUUCACUUGGUAACCUUCUCGCCCGACGGCCAGUUGGUGGCGUCUGGCUCGGCAGAUAACACAGUGCGGCUCUGGAACCCAGCGACGGGGGCUCUACAACAGACUUUUGAGAGUUAUUCAGAUUCGGUUGACUCGGUGGUCUUCUCGCCCGACGGUAGGUUGGUGGCAUCUACAUCUUUAGAUAAGACUGUGCGGCUCUGGGACCCGGCGACGGGGUCCCUGCAACAGACUCUUAAUGGUCAUUUAGGUUGGUUUGAGAUGGUAGCAUUCUCGCCCGACGGUCGGCUGGUAGCAUCUGCCUCUUUGGAUAAGAUAAUACGGCUCUGGGACCUGGCGACGGGGGCUUUACACCAAACUCUAGAGGGCCAUUCAGGUCAGGUUUACUCAGUCGCCUUCUCGCCCGAUGGCCGGCUGGUGGCAUCUGCCUCUUUGGAUAAGACAGUAGGACUCUGGGACCCGGCGACGGGGGCUCAGCAACAGACUCUCAAGGGUCAUUCAGAUUUGGUUAACUCAGUGGCCUUCUCACCCGACGGCCGGCUACUGGCGUCUAGCUCGGCGGAUAACACAGUACGGCUCUGGAACCCGACGACAGGGGCCCUGAAAGAGACUCUCGAGGGUCAUUCACAUUCGGUUCGCUCGGUAGCCUUCUCGCCCGACGGCCAGUUGCUGGCGUCUGGCUCGGCAGAUAACACAGUGCGGCUCUGGGACCUGACGAUGGGGGACCUGCGACAGACUCUCGAGGGUCAUUCAGAUUUUGUUGACUCGGUGGCCUUCUCGCCCAACGGCCGGCUGCUGGCGUCUGGCUCGGCGGAUAAAACAGUGCGGCUCUGGGACCUGACGGGGGCUCUGCAACAGACUCUCAAUGGUCAUUCAGAUUUGGUUCGCUCGGUAGCCUUCUUGCCCGACAGCCAGUUGCUGGCGUCUGGGUCAGCGGAUAAUACAGUGCGGCUCUGGGACCCGGCAACUGGGGCUCUGCAACAGACUCUCGAGGGUCAUUCAGAUUUGGUUAACUCAGUGGCCUUCUCACCUGACGGCCGGCUGCUGGCGUCUGGCUCAGCAGAUAAUACAGUGCGGCUCUGGGACCCGGCGACAGGGACCGUGCAACAGACUCUCGAGGGUCAUCCAGAUCUGGUUAACUCGGUGGCCUUCUCGCCCGACGGCAGGUUGGUGGCAUCUACCUCUUUGGACAAGACAGUGGGACUCUGGGACCCGGCGACGGGGGCUCUACGACAGACUCUCGAGGGUCAUUCAGAUUUAGUUGACUCGGUGGCCUUCUCGCCCAACGGCCGGCUGGUGGCAUCUGCGUCUUCGGAUAACACAAUGCGGCUCUGGGACGCGGGUACGGGGGCCCUGCACCAGACUUGGAGUUUCGAGGAAAUUAUUACUCGCGUUGACUUUUCGCCGGACAGUUCAUAUUUAAGGACCAACUUGGGCUCCCUCGAUAUUCAGUCUUGUCAUAACCAUACCUCUGGUCCACCUCAUGUGAAUCCGAACAUCUUUAUCGAGCAGGGGAAGUGGAUUACAUUGAACGGUGACAGGGUACUAUGGCUUCCUCUUGAGUCUCGGCCCACCUGUUUCGCGACUAAUGGUAAUAUGCUUGCUCUAGGACACGCGUCAGGCAGGAUUUCCUUCAUAGGGUUCUGUGUAUAG